AUGGGUUCGCUUGCAGAAUCUUGGAAUGGAUUGCCAGUACCAAACCCCUGUCUCUCGUACUGGCAGCAAACCACACGAUCGUUUCCCUAUCUAAAUGCCAACGAUACUGAAACGGUACCAGGAAAGGUGAAAUAUGUCAUUAUUGGGUCUGGAAUCUCUGGAGCGUUGACGUGUUUCGAGUUGAUAGAGGGCGGUGUUGCCGCCGCAGAUAUUACGAUCUUGGAGGCACGGGAGGCAGCUAGUGGGGCAAGCUCAAGAAAUGCUGGCCAUGUCCGACCAGAUGCAUUUCGAGGGUUUCAAGUCUACCAGAGGGUGCACGGCAAGGAGCAAGCACUGAAGAUCAUUGCCAAUGAACGCACUGUAUUCAACAAUGUAGACAAGUUCGUGAGGAAACAUGGCGUAGAUUGCGACUUCUACCCAACAACUACUUUUGAUGUGUGUCUCACCAAAGAAUUUGCAGACUUCAACGCUCAGAGCUUCAGGGAGUAUCGGGAAGCUGGCGGUGAUAUCUCGCACGUGAAUGUUUAUGAAGGCGAUGAGGCAAAAGAGAAGACCCGGAUCGCACAAACAGUCACGGCGUACGAAUGGCCUGCAGGCUCAAGUCAUCCAGCUAAAUUAGCUCAUUGGCUUCUCACACAAUCAUUAGAAAAAGGCGCUCAGCUUUUUACCCAUUGCCCAGCCACAGAUAUCGUCAUGUCCUCCUGGUCAACUUCCGAUCAGCCCCAAUGGGACAUUGUCACGCCCCGUGGAACUAUUACAGCAUCGCAUGUGAUUCACUGCACAAACGCAUUCGCAUCUCAUCUUUUACCUCAGCUUUCACCUUUUGUCACACCAAACCGAGCUCAAGCGCAUGCUUUCGUUCCUCCGUCCAGUCUCAACGGAGUGAACGUUUUGCAAAGCACCAUGUCAUUAAGACAUAGCCUAAAGCAUUUCUACUCCGUCGCCCAACGACGACCUGAUGGAAUAAUUAUUUUGGGAGCCUCGCGCGACAAUCCUCACAUCAGCCAAGCCGCACUGAACUGUCGGCUGCUGCCAGACGAUAGUGAUUUUAACGAGGAAGUGCAAAUUGACUUGCUGGAAAACUGGUCACAGUGCUUUCCUGGCUGUCAUCCAACGAGUUUAAAGCAUGGAGAGGGUCUAUUGCAUACGUGGACAGGUAUCAUUGCAAUGACACCCGACUCGGUACCAUUUGUGGGGGCAGUCCCUCAUGCACCUGGUCAAUGGGUUUGCGCCGGCCACAAUGGUCAUGGCAUGGCGCGAAUAUUUACCUGCGCACCUGGGCUAGUAAAGCUCGUCCUGGGCGGGUCAUGGAGCGACACCGAUCUACCGGAGUGCUUUGAGCUUACGGAAGAGAGACUUCAGAAGCUCCAGAACGGUGUCUCAAGAUCUGUGUUUUGA